AUCUUUCUAGAAGCAGGGUGUUGCUAUCAUUAGUUGAAUUCCUCUAUUAGAUAUCAAAAUGAUGGAAACGGAUUUAGCCUUGGAAGUGGGAAGCAGAUUAAAGGAUGUGCCCUUGGAAGGGUAAGUCUAGGUCCUUCUUCCAUGCUGACAGUACCAUUUCAUCGUUCAACCUUCCAGUCGAAGCACUGAAUUUUAGCAGCAAGGCUUGUCUGAACAACCUGUAGUGCCAAUGAGGUUCCAGGACGUCCUCUUCUUCCACUUCCAAAUGGCAGUAGAUGAAAGUGCUGUUGCCUCACAUCCAACUGGCUCUUACCGCUCCCCUUUUUGCUAACAAACCGCUCUGGGCAGAAUUCAAGCGGGUUCUCCCAGUGAGUUGGAUCCCUACCAAUUGCCCAGACAUUAACAAGGAGUCUGGUCUUUGCUGGAAUCUCAUAACCACCUAUGGUACAGUUUUCACUUGACUCUCACAAUUAUUGGCCCUGUUGGGUGAAGCCUUAGUGUUUCCUUUACUAUGGCUUGGAGGUAGGGGAGGUUGGCAAUAUCUGAUUCUUCUACUAUUCUGCUCUUCCUACUACAAAAUCAAUCUCUUCUCUUGCUUUCUCCAUUAUGUUAGGGUGAUUGAUUAGCUCUGCAAGUGCCAAUUCUGUAGUUCUCGCAGAUGUGUCAGUCCCAGCUGCAAAUAUAUCCUGUAAAAUUUA